UGUGUCUAAAAGAAAAAGAGCAAGGGAUUGGUAUAGACCCCACUUUAUCCCAAAGUCUCCAAUGUGUCACAACAUCAUUGAGUAACCACCGCAUCCACGAAAACGCAAUCCAAACCCAAUCUAUUUGGAAGGAUUCAAUUUCAUAGAAAACAAACAAUAAUAACAAGGACCAAAAAAUCUACCAUCACCAUAACUUUGCUCACAUAUAUCUGAUUCAGAUCCAAACCAUAGAUUAGAUCUAAAAUGGCAACAACCACCUUUGCAACCGUCGUAGGAAUGGGUGGCGCAUCACGUCUCGCCUCAGGGUUUGUGAAACCACAAGUGAUGGCCAGGAAUCGCUUGAGGCAAGCUAUGGCACGGGGAAAUGGUGGGAGGGUUACAUGCUUCCAGAGGGAUUGGCUGCGGAGGGAUUUCAAUGUGAUUGGGUUUGGGUUAAUUGGUUGGUUGGCACCGUCUAGCAUACCGGCUAUCGACGGUAAAAGUCUGACUGGACUUUUCUUUGAUAGCAUUGGAACUGAACUUGCUCACUUCCCAACCCCUCCUGCUCUCACUUCACAGUUUUGGUUAUGGCUGAUCUGUUGGCAUUUGGGACUGUUCAUCUCCCUCACUUUUGGCCAAAUUGGUUUCAAGGGAAGGACUGAGGAGUACUUUUGAUUUUUAAUUCAUAAUAACUUAUGUGGUAUUUUAUUGCUUUUUUAUAUCAUUUUCAGCCUUGUAAUAUACCAUGUAUCUUUGCUACCGUUUCCAUCCUACUAGAAAAAACUCGUGUAAUGCCUUCAUAAUGUUGUAUAUUAUUAUUA